ACGCGCUGCAUCCGGGUUCCCGGGUCGGGAGCCGUCUCUCCCAGUGUGUGUGCGCGGCGGCGGGAAAUGGCGCCCGAAUGCUGGCGAGUGUAAACAGCGGGCGAGCGGCGGCGCAGCGACUGGGAGCGGCGCGCAGACCCCGCGGACGGAAUAGAAUUGAGAUUCCAUGGUGUGAUUUCAUCUCCAUUUCAGAAUAUAAUGUCGUCUCCUUGUAACUGGACCUCGCAUCUUCCAUGCACCAAUGUGCCUUUAUCCUCCCAGCAUCUAGGUAAAUGUAGCGAAAGCUGGGUUGGAAUGGAGAACCUUUGUCACUGUUCUGCUGUCGGGACUAUGCCAUGUGUCACCAAGUGAUCUGGAUUUCUGGUAAUUUGAGGAUUGUAUUUCACGGCUAUGCCUGUUUUUCUGUGAAAAGUGCAUAUUGUUCCAAAACAUUGACGAGGAGCCAAACUCAAUCAAGUGCACAAGAAUUUGAAAAGUUGCCUAGACUUCAAGAAAUCUGCACCUAAUGACAUACUCGCUGGACCUCCAUGAACUGUUUGUUACCACAUGACUUGACCUGUUUCUGUACCGUGCUGUUCAUCUGUUCAUUCCCGAUGCCAAAAUAAACAACAGCCCUGUCCUGCACUAUUUUUUAACCUUUGUACAUGUGACACCUUUUCAGAAUGAGGCUGAGAAUGCGGAAGGCUUCUCAGCAGGCAAAUUCUGUCCAUGCAUCACGAGCAGCAAAGACCAAGCGGAAGCGUUCUGAUGCAGAUGAUUCGGUACCUAUUAUGGGGGCAAAACCUCAGAAGACGGAAACUGGUUUGCUCUCAUCAAUUAAAAGACUUAUUCGAGGAACUGCGACCAAGGUAGAAGCAGAGAAUCCUCCAAAGAAAAGAUGUAAACUUGAUUGUGACCUGGAUGACAACAUGAUCACUUCAACACCCCACACUGGCUCCAAACCCAACAAACAGAUCUCUAGAGUAAGGCGGAAAAGCCAGGUGAAUGGAGAGACUGGAGGCUACAGAAGUAAACAGAAUGGAAAACUAACGAUUGUUAAUGAUGUUGUUAGCCCUCCGCGAACUGCCUUACUGGGAACCAUCUUUUCUCCUGUUUUCAGUUUCUUCUCACCAGCAAACAAAAAUGGAACAUCAGGUUCUGACUCCCCAGGUCAAGCUGUGGAGGCCGAAGAAAUAGUCAAACAGCUGGAAUUGGAGCAGGUAGACGAGAUAACCACCAGCACUGCAACGUCAGCUACAGGAGGACUGUACUCUGGUCAGGCAGUGACAGCACAAUCACCGUCCCCUGACAGCAGUUCGGAUAAUACAGAAGAUAAGGUCGCCAGUAACAUUCACUCAAUGCCAGCACCAGAAUUGAAUGUGACAAAUGCAGAACUCUGCAAGACAAUAUCUUCUCCUGACACUUACCCAGAGCCACCUGCUCAUCCGGAAGCAAGCUAUGAAGAGGACUGGGAGGUUUUUGAUCCUUAUUACUUCAUCAAGCACGUGCCACCACUAACAGAAGAACAGCUCAGUCGGAAACCCGCCCUGCCACUUAAAACCAGAAGUACACCUGAAUUCUCUUUGGUCCUAGAUUUGGAUGAGACCCUGGUGCACUGCAGUCUCAAUGAACUGGAUGAUGCGGCACUUACCUUUCCUGUCCUUUUUCAGGACGUGAUUUACCAGGUUUAUGUACGGUUGAGACCUUACUUUCGGGAAUUCCUGGAGCGAAUGUCUCAGAUUUAUGAGAUUAUUCUGUUCACUGCCUCUAAGAAAGUUUAUGCAGACAAAUUGCUGAAUAUUUUGGAUCCUAAGAAACAGCUAGUCAGGCAUAGGCUAUUCCGUGAGCAUUGUGUGUGUGUGCAGGGAAACUACAUAAAGGAUUUAAAUAUUCUCGGAAGGGAUCUUUCGAAAACAAUCAUUAUUGACAACUCUCCGCAAGCCUUUGCAUAUCAGCUAUCCAAUGGAAUUCCAAUUGAAAGCUGGUUCAUGGAUAAGAAUGACACAGAGCUUUUGAAGCUGAUUCCAUUUUUAGAGAAACUUGUAGAACUGAAUGAAGAUGUUCGACCCCACAUCCGAGAGAAGUUUCGUUUGCAUGAUUUACUCCCUCCGGAUUAAGACCAUGUUGCCAACACCAACUCUGAAGGGGGCAGAGAAGUCAAAAGCAGGACCCUUUGGACUACAGGACAUUGCCAUUACUGUUGAAAUUUGCAUUUUUGUACCUCGUCUUGCUUUUCUUGUCUUGGACACCCAGAAUUAACCAAGGGGUUGCAGAGAGUGAACCUGGCCUCAAACGAUUUAGGGUGGUUUGGAAUAGAAAAGGAUAUUGCAGGGGUUUAACAAAAUAAGAAACGGUAUAUGCAGUCAAAAAAAAAUCUGAACCUGCAGAUCCCAAUAGCACAUGUACAGCACGCAAUAGAUAUUCUGUCAUCCUAUUUGAUGUGCUUCUAAAGACAGUUUGCUGGUAACAAGUGUGAAAUGCUGUGGUCUGUUGCAAUACAUGUUGAUGAGACUUUGACUGUGGUCUAUGAUCUGUCAGUGGUUGGCACUUUCUUUUGUGACACACAAAUCAACACUUUCUAAAAGUACUUCUGUUAUUGCCACCAGCAUUUGGCUUAACCUGUAUUGUCACAGGUUUGCAUAGGAGGAUAAUGCUGAUUCUGGUUUUCCUCUGGGUGGUGCUUUUUAAAGUGGUCUGUACCCACUUUUUUUAAAAUGCAGGUCUCAUUUCAACAGAAAUGGCCAGUAUAUUAUAUUUAAAAAAAAAUACAAAAAAAUAUGGUUCAGGUUUUAGGCUUUUGUUUUUCUAGUAUAUAAAAUAAUACCCAAUUAUUAAAGCAUUCCUUUUAACUAUAAUGUAAUGUAGAAUGCCACCCACCCCAACCCUCUUCAAUUCCCUAAACAAGACAGAAUCUUAUCUAAUUUGAGUCACCACCUUCCUGCUUCAACUGGCUGUGAAUUAAUGUAUAUUUGUUAAAAUAAAGAUUAAAAAUCUAUAGGUUAGUCAAAAUAAAUCACAUACGUAACAUACACAUUUAUUUAUAUUAAAGGACAGAGAUUUUCACCCACAGUAGCUGUAAUCUUGUAAGAGAAGGGGUGAUGACACAAGAAGAGGGAUUCUAAAUAUUGUAAUUACAUUUUAAUCUGUUUUUAAACCCAUAAGCUUACACAGUCUCAACCUGGGCGGGGGAAGAAUGGGAAGUGUGCCGCAGACAAGCGAGGAACAGUUAUUCCAGCUGAUGGGCUCAGGUCUGUCUUCGAGCAUCUACUGUCACAACACAAUGUAGUGCCACUGGUUUUGGGAUCUUCAUGGUGAAUGUGAUAGAAGAAUGGUCAGUAUUGGGGUGAGAAUGGCAGUGUGCAAGCCAAGCUGAUAGGACCUAGCUGUUUUCACCCUCUUCUCCCUUUCUCCCUCCGUCCCCAUCCUUUCCAACAAUAAGUUAGCUUGUUAGUCCCCUGUUUUGAAAACAAAAUGUCUCCCUUUUCCCCCACCCACUCCUGGUAUAUUUGCUGGCUUAUUUUUUUUCCAUGGUAUUGUUUACUCGAAGGAGCAUUGCAUGAAUUGCCUCUAGACUGCAUUGAUAUACCACAAGUAUGGCCACGGACUCAUUUUCUAAGGAAACUGGAGAAAGCGGCACUUUUUUUUUUACCGAGAGGAGCUAGGUGCAUUUCCUUUGGUUUAGGCCUUUAGAAGAUUGUUCAGGUCGAGGUGUGUGGUAGCAGAAGAAUGGUGAGCAGCACAUGAAUGAGGAUGCCAGUUAAAUUUUUUUAUGUAUAUUACCAGUUUACUUGUACAAAACUUUCUUGUACAAAACUACAUGCAGCUUCAUUUAAAAAAAAUCCUUAAAGUAAGGAGAAAACUUUUUAAAGAAAGCGGUUUAAUUUUUGUAUUUUUGAUUUUAUGAAAGGCAUGAGUUAUGUCUUCUUUUUCAGUGUAUUAAUGAAGAUUUUAACUUUUCAUCAGGUUGAGCGCUUUUCUUACUAUUAUCUAUUGUGUAUGUAGCUAGCACAUUGUGACACUGAAACGUUCAAAUCUAGCAUGUAGAAUAAGCCUGUUUUUUGUGGGGAGGAAAAAAAACCCUUUUAUCCUUCAUUAAAUAUUUUAAUCAUGGCAGGUUUUUCUGCAGAAAAUAAUUUGAAAAGCGUUUGCAUUUCAGAGAAAUACUGAUUUUGUAUUUAAAGAAAGGUAUUUUGCUUGCUGGAAUCUAUUUACUACAGAUUCACUUUAAUGAUAACCUUUGAGAUGUAUUUAAAUACCUUAGGGCAUCUGGGCAUCUUUCUUUAUGCUGUUGUCAUUUUGUCUUUAUUGAAAUAAAAAAUGUACAGAACAUUA